AGAGCUCACUUCCUGGAGGUGGUAGGUCGGAGCUGCUGCUGGCCGCCCCGCGGCUGUUUACUGUGUGGCUGCCCCGUGCGGCGGGGAAAGGCAUUCUGUAAAACUUCAAGAUGAGCCCAACACAAUGGGACUUCCCUGUGGAACUAUGUUGUCGGCCUAUGGCCUUUGUAACCCUCACUGGCUUGGAUGUAGUAUAUAAUGCUGUUCAUCGUGCGGUUUGGGAUGCCUUUUGUGCAAACAGGAGAGCUGACCGAGUACCAAUUUCUUUCAAAGUUCUUCCUGGUGACCAUGAGUAUCCCAAAUGCAGAACAAAGAGAACAUCCUAUGAGUGGUACAUUCCAAAAGGGAUAUUGAAGACUGGCUGGAUGAAUAAACAUCUGAAUCUGGUGCCAGCUCUUGUUGUGGUGUUCUAUGAACUGGACUGGGAUGAGCAACAGUGGAAAGAAAAACAGUCAGAAUGUGCUACCAGAGUUGAAAUUGUCAGACAAAGUUUGCAGGGAAGAAACACAAAAGUUGCUGUGGUUUUGAUUCAAAAGAAAACACCCUUACCUCCAGGGGAAGAUGUUAUUGCUUCAGAAAGAGCAGCAGCUUUAUGUAAUGCUUGUGACCUCUCUGGAAAAUCCUUGUUUGUGCUGCCACACACUGAUCAUCUGGUUGGUUACAUUAUAAGAUUAGAGAAUGCUUUUUAUGAGCAUGCACAGACCUACUACUAUACAGAAAUAAGAAGGGUAAAAUCUCAUAAAGAAUUCUUGAAUAAAACAACACAUCAGAUGUGUCAUGUACAAGUGCAAUGCAAAGCAAAGUUUCUUGCUCCAAGUUUUCACGUUGAUGUUCCUGUUGAGUUCGAUAUUUACUUGAAAGCUGAUUGUCCUCAUCCAAUCAGGUUUUCUAAACUAUGUGUCGGCUUCAAUAACCAGGAAUACAAUCAGUACUGUGUGGUAGAAGAAGCAUAUCAGAAAAGUGACAUUCUGGAAUAUUCAUCCCAGGGACCAGUGUGCCUAGUCCCUGGUAAAACAAGAAAGUUCACUUUCAAAUUUGUUGCAAAAAGUGAAGAUGUGGGAAAGAAGGUUGAGAUCACCUCUGUGGAUUUAAUCCUGGGCACCGAAACUGGCAGAUGCGUGAUUCUGAAUUGGCGUGGAGGAGGAGGAGAUGCUGCUUCAUCUCAAGAAGCAUUGCAGGCAGUUCGCUCCUUCAAACGGCAACCUAAACUUCCAGAUAAUGAGGUCCAUUGGGACAGCCUGACUAUUCAGGCAAACACUAUGAUCAUUUCUAGAGUGCCAAAUAUUUCUGUUCAACUCCAGCAUGAACCUCCUGCCCUGACUAAUGAAAUGUAUUGUUUGAUUGUGACAGUCCAGUCACAUGAGAAGACAGUUGCCAGAGAUGUGAAGCUCACGGCAGGUUUAAAACCAGGGCAAGAUGCCAAUCUGACUCAGAAAACUCAUGUGACCCUUAAUGGAACAGAAAUCUGUGAUGAUUCUUAUCCUGCGUUACUUCCUGAUAUCCCUGUAGGAGAUUUACAGCCAGGAGAAAAGCUGGAAAAAGCAGUAUACAUUCGUUGUGGAACAGUUGGUACCAGGAUGUUUCUGGUCUAUGUUUCCUAUUUAAUCAGUGCCACUGUUGAAGACAAAGAGAUAAUCUGCAGGUGUCACAGGGAUGAAACUGUAACUAUAGAAACUGUAUUGCCCUUUGAUGUUGCUGUUAAAUUUGUUUCUUCAAAGUUUGAACACUUAGACAGAGUCUUUGCAGACAUACCCUUUUUACUGAUGACAGACAUUCUGAGUGCUUCACCUUGGGCUCUCACUAUUAUAACUAGCCAGCUACAACUUUCAGCUUCCAUGGUACCAGUAGACCAACUGGAAUCUUAUGUGGAGAAUGUUGUUUUGCAGACAGGCGAGAGUGCUAGUGAAUGCUUUUGCCUUCGGUGUCCAUCAGUUACUAAUGUUCAAGGUGGAGUGGCUACCGGACGUUAUGUAAUCUCCUGGAAGAGGAAUUCAGCUGUGGAAAGUGUACCUGUUGUUUGUACUGUGAUCACUCUACCACAUGUGAUUGUAGAGAGCAUCCCACUCCAUGUUAAUGCAGAUCUGCCAUCAUUUGGUCGAGUAAGAGAAUCCUUACCUGUCAGAUAUCACCUGCAAAACAAGACCAGUUUAGUCCAGGAUGUGGAAAUAUCAGUGGAGCCAAGCGAUGCCUUCAUGUUUUCUGGUCUUAAACAGAUACGAUUGCGAAUCCUUCCUGGCACGCAGCAGGAAAUGUUAUACAACUUCUACCCUCUCAUGGCUGGAUAUCAGCAGUUACCAUCUCUUAAUAUCAUCUUGCUGCGGAUUCCAAACUUCACUAAUCAGUUGCUCAGACGAUUCAUACCAACGCACAUUUUUGUAAAGCCACAAGGUCGACAAGCUGAUGAUACUUCUAUCGCAGCUGCGUAACUGCAGACAUGGACUUAUGCACUAGAAGGAAAUGGGAUGUUGCACAGAAUGUAUAAAAUUUUGCUCUUUGAACCAUAGCUUUGAUCAAACUUUACGAAUUCAACUUUUAUUUUUAAAUUACAACUAUGACAGCUAUCAGCAGAACUAAUGUUUAAACAUUGUUUUUCAUAAACUUUCACUAAUGAAUAAAUAUAUGGAAUAAGUUGGUGCUCUGUUUAACAUUAACAUUCUUUCUCUUGAAGUUAAUUUCAUGACUCUUAAAUGCUUUUAAGUAGUAGUAUUAUAUGGAAUGUCUUGAGAAUGAAAAUGAAGAAAACCAGGUUCACUUGCCCAAAAAAGAGAAGUGCCACUUUCUUCAUUAAUGAUGGCUUGAGGUGCAAUGUCUGUACUUUUUGUUAUCAGGAUUUACAGCAUUGAAAGUGAUCGUAUCUGAUAGAAACUUAUUUUUUUGCCAUUUAUAUUCAGAGGGUAGAACAGUAUGCAGCAGCCUGGACUCUCAGAUCUAUAAAUGACUUACUACUACAAAUGGAUCUGUUGUCACUGAGUGGCUUCCUAAUGCUUUAAGCAGAGUCAUUAAUUUAAAAGGCUGUUUGUACCAGGUGAGCUGUACUUCAAAAUGUUUCACUCAGCAGUGACUAGUCAGUAAAAUAUAGAGUCUUUGGAAGUAGCUUCAUUAAUUACAGUUAUACCAUCCAACUUUAACCUGAAAGGUUUGAAUUGUUAAAAAUGCAGUGCUUCCAGGACAAAGAAAUGUUUUGGCAGUAUUCUGGUAUGUCCGUUUAGAGGUACGUCCUUGUGUAGCUUCACAAGCUGGUAUUUAAAAUAUUCACAGUAAAUCAUGUAAAUAAAAAUUGUUGUGAAAUCUUCCAUUGUUUAACUUUCUAAAUAGUUAAAUUAAACAACUGAAUUCUGA